AUGAGCUCUGCCCAUCCGGAAGGUAUCGUGGUUGCAAGUGGCGCCAACGUUCCGCUCGGUGAGCCAGCGGGCCCGGGACAGGUGCAUUCAGGCAGACGCCGGAACGGGCACGGCAGAGGGCCGGUCGACAUUGAGCGACAAUGCGGGGUUGCCUAUCCGAAUGGGCAGGGCGGUGACUGGGCGGUCUGCACCAUUCGAUGCUUUGCUAUCCGCUUUACUGGAGCAGAGACGUCAAUGAGCGUGUUCAUCUGA